AUGAACAUCAUCUUCCUUACCCUUCUUACCAUGGUUAUGGCUGUGGACGAAUGGUCAACCUACCCAUCGGUCCCUCACACUGCCUCCAUCAACGGUUUCGCCGACCCUAUCUACGAAGACCUCCCUGAGUGUGCUCGUCAGUGUGUGGAACUCUCCACCAAAAACACCCCAUGCCCAUACUGGGACACUGGCUGUUUCUGUGUCAUGCCCCAAUGGUCUGGCAUUGUGGGCUCUUGUAUUGCCGAGAGCUGUCGUGGCGACGAGGUUGCCAAGGCCACUUCUUUGGCCUACUCCUUGUGUACCAAGGUUGGCGCCGAUGUGUGGAACAUGCCAUCUUCUGUGCUGAGUCUUCUUUCGCUGGCUGCUGGCUCUGCUCACGAGGCUCCAUCUACUACUAAGGACGCUACUUGGGGCAAGACUGAGGUUGUCAGUUCUGUCUUGGCUACUGCUAGAACCGAGGAUAAGACUAGAAGCGGUGGUCCAACUAGUACUAGUUCUGGAAACGGCGCUGGUAGUGCUGUGGCUGGAGCUGCUGCUUUUGUGGUGAUGGUAGUUGGGUUUUUUGCCUAA